UGUAUUUUAUUUUCUCAUAUCCAUGGAAAGAUUUUCUGAACCCGAUUCAUGAAUCUCUAAAUUCCAUCUCUUUGUUUGUUGAAGAGCAUUUAUAGAUCAGAUGUUAUAUAUCUGCUCUCACCCUCUCUUCCAAUCCAAAUCCACACCCAAACCCACAGAUUUAAUCACAUCUUUACUGCAUAAAGCCUCAAUCUUUGUGAUAAUCGACGCCUGUUGAUCACCUCAAUUUCAAUCUUGCACCUCAGAUCUUCUGUUUUACUCUUUACAAAUUUCAACUCAAGAAUGUGAUCCAUUUUAUGUGUUUUGCAAGCACACAAAAGAGAUAAAUCAUUUAGGAUAAAAAGCAAUCAUGGAGCUCAAGUCGUGAAUACAACUCUGCAAAGUUAACUUUUUUCCGUUUUUCCAACCUAAAGAGGGUAAUUUCCGACUUGUACCAAUGCAGUCGCGUCCUACCAAAAUCACCAUUAAAAUGGGAGGAAAAGUGCAUGAAAUCAAGGCAUCAACCGUUCAGGGUCAUCAAGAAAGCGUAGAAAAAGACCAUAGUGUCCUCGAUGGACCUAAAGUUCCUUCCAAUGGUGAUAGCAAGGGAACAGAUCAGAACAUUGUGGAUGUUUCUUCUUCCGAUUAUAGCACCGAGGAGGAUGUACGUACCCCAUCUUAUGAUGAUUCUCGGAAACAGAUGGUUCUCUAUGAUCCUUCUGUGAAUGGUUCAGAGGCAAUCGAAGCUGUCCAGAAUCCCGAACGCGGAUCGGUUUCUAGACAAGUUUUCGAUAAUCGAAAAGUAGUCCCUGAGGUAGGUGCUUUCACUGUCCAGUGUGCUAACUGCUUUAAAUGGCGACUCAUCCCGGAUCAGGAAAGAUAUGAGGUCAUACGGGAACACAUUACUGACCAACCGUUCACAUGUGAAACAACUCGUGAAUGGGAUCGUGAAAUUUCAUGUGAUGAACCGACUGAUCUCGAGCAAGAUGGCACCAGAAUAUGGGCUAUUGACAAACCCAAUAUCGCACAGCCGCCUCCUGGAUGGAAGAGGCUUUUGAGGCUAAGAAGCGAAGGCAGCUCUAAGUUUGCUGACGUGUAUUAUACAUCACCAACCGGCACGAAACUUCGCUCAAUACCCGACGUUCAAAGGUAUUUGGACAAUCACCCGGAACAGAAACAAGUGGCUGAUGUAAGACGGUUUUCGUUUCAAAUCCCGAGACCCUUACGGGAGAACUACGUGCGAAAACGUCCUACUCAGAUGCCCGGACCCGGGACACCAGGAUCUCUUGGACCUUCUGCAGUUGAACCGAUAGCGUGGGCUGGUCCAGAAGAGAACUUGGAUUUGCAGCUUGCUGAGCCGCUAGCAUGGGCGGGCCCAGCGGAGGAGAGAAACGGUAUGCCGUAUAUGAAGACGCCGGAGCUUGAUCCUGUGAACCGGGAAGUAAAAGGGGCAGCAAAGAAGGCAAAGAAAUUCUUGGAUUGUUUAUAAAAAGCUGGUAUCUUGCAUUUGGUGUUGUUGAUAUGUUACAUUUGGUUCCUUUGGUGCAAUCGGGGUUUGGUGGUGUAAAGGUGUUGUGCGGGUUCGAUGGCUGGGUCAUGGUUCAAGAUGUAGCCGGUCCUAAUUUGGACCGGGGUUUUGGUUUUAAAAUUAGGACUAAAAGUGAACUGUCAAUCCGGUCCUGGUCCAGGUCCGGUGUUUCUUUUGCAAUUGUUAUUUGUUGUUAUUGUUAUUUAGUGUCGAAAUUUGGAAACUUCACAAUUAGAUGAUUAACUAAAACCCCUCAG